AGAGGAGUCUGGUGGGCUACAAUUCAUGGGGUCAGUGAGUCAGGACACAACUGAGUGACUGAACACAUGUGCUCACAUACACACAAAUAUUUUGAUUAUAGCUGGUCUUAGAGUGAUUUUAUUAAAACAGAAACAAAAUUGAAAGCACUACUAUUUUUCUAAUGGUUUCGUAACAGCUUGUUGGUUUCAUUGCAUUUUUAGAGCAUUUUUAAUUCUUUAAAGCUAUCAGUUAAUGCAACAGCUGUUUUUAUCAGCAUAACUAUCUAGUUUCAUACAUGAGAAACCUGAGAGGGAAUAAGAGAUUAAGUUAGAAGCCCAAAUUUACAAGUAGUUAGAAAAACACGGACUCGUAGCUUUGGCAAAUGGUUUUUCCAUUUACUGAAAUGUAACUCUCAGAAAUUAUUCUAAGUCAGUAUUUAUUAAGCACUCAAAACAGGGAGAUCAGAAAUAAAGUUUACAUCAAAUGUAGAGAGUAGUGAGUAAUCUGGUUUGGCUGGAGGGCAAGGUAUUUGGGGGAUUUGGACUAGUGAGAUCAGACUGGAAAGGCACUGGGAACCAUUUUCAGGUCUGGAGACAUAGGCAGAGAAAUUACUUGUCUGAUGGGAAUAAUUUUUUAAUGCCAUGUCAUUCCUUCUUGCCUAUGUAUGUACAGUCUAAAUGUAUUUGAGGAAUCCAGCAGUGUAUCCAGAUGGCUGUUGUUACCACCCUUAGAACUAGGCAGCCACAGUGAGAGAGGGCACCUUAGGGUUCAGAAGAGCCCAGACUCAAGCAGCACGACGUGACUCGUGGGAAAACACAGACUAUUUAGGAACGCUGUUUAAGUUGUAUGAGAAGAAAGUAAAGUUAUAUACCUCCUAUCUCUUAGAUUUUGGUAAGCCUUUUGUGUACACCAUCUGCUUUAUUUCUCAACAACCUCAUGAAAUAGGGAGUAUGAUCUUCAUUUUGAAGGUGAUGAAACUGAAGCUAAGAGAAGCUAAGUGAUAAUAGAGCAAGGAAGCAAGGAUUUGAGCCAGAUGGGAGGUCAGUGUCAUGGGUCUUUUUGACACACUUUGCCAUCUUUUCCAGUAAGACCUGUCAAUUUCAGCUAUCAAACUUAUGCUUAAUAGGCUUUUUGAGUUCCUUGCCUUCAUGUAAUAAGCACAGUGCUUCAGAUCUUAAAAUGUAAUUGAAUUCUGAUGAUGAGUAACCAUUGCCUGUAAUGAGAAAGCAUGUGUGUGAAGCAAACAAAAACUGAAAGUUGGAUCUCAUAAUAUACAUCUCCAUCCCAGUGUGCAGACCUCCUGAAAUGUUUUCAGAUGUCAACAUUUGUUUAUUUUACUCUACUGAGUUAUGUGAAACUUUACUUAGAAGAAUGAAUUGAGAGACCAAAGUUACCUGGAAGAAAAGAUACUAAAAAUACACAAUUAACUAAAAAUUGUCAUAAUUUGACACUCCCAGUUAGCUGAAAAUUGUGCUCAUUUGACAUCAUCUGAAAUGCCACAAUACAAUCCCAAUUUAUGUUAGUAGGCACAGACAAGAUUGUGUGUUCUACAAAGCUAGUUUGUACCAUGAAACUUCCUGCAAUUAUGGGUGCAUUUACUUGCCCAUCUUUUGUUUGUAUAUGUACCACUUCACAGCAAACUAGAAGCAAGUUAUGACAUCUCAGCCAAAGGAUAGUGUUGAAUAUAGGAACAGUGUAAUUCUUGUUUGUGUGUGCUAUUUCUGCAGUAUUUGGAAUGGAUGGGAUUUUCUUUUUUUUUUUUUCUCUCUUAAAGACCUAAUUUUUAAAUUUGCUUGUUAUUUUUGUCAUGUUUCUUAAAGCUGAUCCUUAUUUAGUGAAUCAUGAGAGGAAAUUAAUGCUAAAUAUGUAGCCUUCUAGCUAGAACUUCUGGUGCUGGAUUUUGAUUCUUCAGUUGUCAUGCACUGUUAACAUACUUUUAUUCUUUAACAUUGCUCUUUGUUCUGUGAGAAAUGCUACAAGGAAAUAGGAAUUUCCUCUCACCAUUACCCCUCUGGCAAUGUGUUUCAGUCUAGUUCCCGGCUUGCACUCAGUCCUGGUUACUACCUCCUCUUCUUACUGGCAGUCUAAAUUCUGCUUAAUCUACGAAAAGGGGGGGUUCCAGACCGACGAGGAAACAGCUUUCAGACGCUGCACUGCAGGCAUAUUAAGUUAUCCCCCCACUGUGCAGUCUGGCAAUCGGGGAGCACUUCUCUGGCAGUGAAUUCUAAUGAGCUGCUAAAGAUGCCAGAGCGAGUGCGCGCACACGGGCGUUUUCUUCUUUCCCCUCCCCCGCCUCUUCCUUUUCCCAAGCCCCCUCUUCUCCCUAUUUCUCCUCCUCCUCCUUUAUCCCCUCCCUCUGUGUCUCAGUUCUGCAGUAAACGAGGCUGAGGCACAUUCCUGCUUUGCAAGGCUUUCUGCUAAGGAUGUUCUGUGGCUUUUGUUUGGAUUGCAGCAUGCAGAAUUACAGCUGUUCAGAGGAGACUCAUUACAACUCCUGCUGAAGUCCUAGCCUUCCUCCCUUCUCUUCUGCCCCUGCCCCCCACCCUCACUGGCUGAAGACCUUGUACCUUGAAGGGAGUUUGCCUUACUCCCCUGGUGCUAUGUGUAUGGUAAACCUGGUACUAUGGCCGCAUCUGGGACUGGCCAGACAACUGCUGCUGGUACUCCCUAUUCCAAGAAGGAUUUAAAGGGGAAUUACACUGCAGGCAAUGCACCAGAGCGGCAGCAUCGCGAGCUUGGGGACUAAGGCUCCUCGGGCAUUAUUGCAGACACACAGAGCUGACCGCAAUGACAGCAGCUGCUCCUUUGAACUGUUGGCAGCAGCCAAGCGGCAGCAUGAAGUGAAAGAUCACUCCUGAGCUCAAGAUGAACUCUACCUUGGAUGGUAAUCAGAGCAGCCACUCUUUUUGCCUCUUGGCAUUUGGCUACUUGGAAACUGUCAAUUUUUGCCUUUUGGAAGUAUUGAUUAUUGUCUUUCUAACUGUGUUAAUUAUUUCUGGCAAUAUCAUUGUGAUUUUUGUAUUUCACUGUGCACCUUUGUUGAACCACCAUACUACAAGUUACUUUAUCCAGACUAUGGCAUAUGCUGACCUCUUGGUUGGCGUAAGCUGCCUGGUCCCUUCUUUAUCACUCCUCCACUACCCGCUUCCAGUAGAGGAGUCCUUGACUUGCCAAGUAUUUGGUUUUGUAGUAUCAGUUCUGAAGAGUGUCUCCAUGGCCUCUCUGGCCUGUAUCAGCAUUGAUAGAUAUAUUGCUAUCACUAAACCUUUAACCUAUAAUACCCUGGUUACACCCUGGAGACUACGUCUGUGUAUUUUCCUGAUUUGGCUAUAUUCCACCCUGGUCUUCCUGCCUUCCUUUUUCCACUGGGGCAAACCUGGAUAUCAUGGAGAUGUGUUUCAGUGGUGUGCGGAGUCCUGGCACACCGACCCCUACUUCACCCUGUUCAUCGUGAUGAUGUUGUAUGCCCCAGCAGCCCUUAUUGUGUGCUUCACCUAUUUCAACAUCUUCCGCAUCUGCCAACAGCACACAAAGGAAAUCAACGAAAGGCAAGCCCGCUUCAGCAGCCAAAGUGGGGAGACUGGGGAGGUGCAGGCUUGUUCUGAUAAGCGUUAUGCCAUGGUCCUGUUCCGAAUUACUAGUGUAUUUUACAUCCUCUGGUUACCAUACAUCAUCUACUUCUUAUUGGAGAGCUCUACUGGCCACAGCAACCGCUUCGCAUCCUUCUUGACCACCUGGCUUGCUAUUAGUAAUAGUUUCUGCAACUGUGUCAUUUAUAGUCUUUCCAACAGUGUUUUCCAAAGAGGACUAAAGCGCCUAUCAGGGGCCAUGUGUACUUCUUGUGCAAGUCAGAUGGUAGCUAAGGACCCUUACACAGUUCGGAGCAAAGGCCCUCUUAAUGGAUUUCAUGUCUGAAGUGGUUCAAAUAUGAGUCACUCUGUGUUUUGUGUGUGUGUGUGUUUCCUUUUUAUCUUUUUGUAUUUCUAGUUCUCUGGGAAAUGUGGGACAAAAUAAUUUGAUUCUAAGCAAUAGCUAACAAGUGAUCCAUCCAAAAUACCUUGUUAAGUUUGCAGAAAUGAUUUUUUUAAAUGCUUUUGAAUGAGAAGAAUCAGGACCGUGAGGAUAAAUUGCUGUUCAUAAUGUCAUGGAAGUGACUGUAUUUCUCAGAUUUAAAAAUGAAUAAAGCCAUAUCUAACACCUCUCCAGCUGGCAUGACUGAACCUGGUUGUGAAAAGCGUCAGCAUUUUUAAAAGUCUUUGUUUUCUUGUGCUUUUCUGGGUUCUUUCCAGCUGUUUAGGCUUCAUGUACAAUUGAUUUAAUAGGGAAUAUUAAAAUACAGUGAUGAAUUAACUGUAUAGUAAUUAAGUGAUGAAUCCUUCAUGUAUGUCAAGGUAUAACUAUGCUGCAGGUUUCCACACUGUCCUUCAGAAAGCCGAAUGUUUUGUCUUAUUCUCUUGAGAAAAUUCUCAAUGCAGUGAAUAAUGUGAAAACUGAAACAUUAAUUUUAAAUUUGUGCAUUGAAUCGUGAAGCAAAAGUGCAGUCAAAUUAUAUAAUUUAUAUAAAAAACUAAGAUAUAUUUUGUGCCAUCCUUCACUGAGACCUAAAGAGAUGUAUGUACUGAAAGUGAUUGUGUUCUAGUAUUUUUGCCCAUGCCUUUGUGUAUACAUUAAGAAUAUUUGAAUUGAGUUAGAUUUCUCUUUUAUAGCCAAAUGCAUUUUAAUAACCUGAAAAAUAAUUAAAUGAUAGGCUUAUGGCUACCACUUUUAUAAUGGUGAAAAUACAUUAAAAUGUAUCUUUAGUUUCUCUGCUUUUUUUAUCUAGAGACCUUUUGAAAUAUUAGAAUAUCAGGAAGAAAAGCAUCCUAAGCAACUUGAGUCAGAAAAUACACUAUACAUUCAGCUAGUUCUUGUUUUAAAAUAGAAGGCAUUGAUUGAGGUGUUCUCUUUGUAGUUAAAUAAAGUAGCAACUAAUUCUUUUUAAAAGCAUUCUUUCAGUCAGUGUUAAGAAAUCCAUAUUUAGUGUUAAAGAAUGAGAGAAGAAAUUCUGAGUAAGUCUCCAGUGCUAUUCUCUUUCUGGGGGAAUAAAAGAAACAUCAUUGGGUUACAGUUCAUUUGCUCAAACAGGCUUUUUUUUUUUAGCCAAAAUACUAGCAAAAUCUAUAGAAUUAGUAAUUGAGAGUGCUGUGUAUUUGUAUGUAUAGUGCUGUUUGGUUUCUCAAAGUGGUUAUGUUUAGAGCAAGACGUUUAUUUUUCUAAAAGGAAAGAAGGAUUUCCCAGCAGCUCCAGGCAUAAAGUAUUUCCUCUGCUUUCUGCUGGUUUUAAUGUUUUGGAAGUCUUUAGGGAACUUGCAUGAUCUCUGCCUUUGGCUAGAUGUUGUAAUAGGAAUGUGACAAUGGUGUUCAGUGAGAUGGAAGAUAGAAGAAAACGAAGGGAAAUGGGUUAAAGUGGAUUUUUGAGUCCAGGGAAGGACAUGGAUAUUUAUAAAACAGGCAGAUAUGGUUUGGUUUUCCAUCUUACUCCCAUUUGAAAUAAAGGAUAGCAUUCUUAGGAUGUUAGAUUUUAGAGAUUUGAUUUUAACCUCAAAAUCAUUCUACUUAAUCAUUUUUAAGAGAACAAGUAUUAGCAUAAAUAUUUAAAUUUCAGAUUCUGAGUUCUUCCCAAAAGCUUGAAAAUUUGGUUCUAAGUUAUUUCAAAAUUUAGAACUCACACUGAAAUUGCGAGUUAACAGUGGCUUUGUUAAGUUGCCAUUUGAAGUAGAAAACCUUUUCUGUUAGAUUCUGAAAAAUACCUAUAUAUAAUUUCCCUUUAUUUAAGUGGCACAGAUUUUUUUUUUAAAUUUCUCUUUUUUCAUGUAUAUAUUAAAGAAUGUAAACUGUUCAAAUUGGCACAGUUUGCUUGUCAGUUUUUAGUUCUGCCAAUAUGGUAAUCAUAAAGAUUAAUUUUUAUAGAAAACUGAUGUUAAAUCUACUAGUCAGUUAGCAUCAGUUUUUACUUUUGGGAGGACUGAGCCCUUUUAAUUUUUUCUUGCAGUAGGGUUCUGUCUUAGAGAAAACAGAAAGGUUUUUGGAAAAGAUUUUGUGGAAAUUUUAUGGAGAUGAGGAAAUCUGUUUAAUUUUCUGGAAAUGGCUAAUCACACUGAUAUUUUAAUGACUGGAAAGGCAACAAUUCUUUUAAUAAGAGCUUUUGUUAAUGGAUUUUUACAUUUUUGCCCUAAUACCAAAUUUAGAUGUUGUCAGAGGUUCCCCCCCACCCCGCCCACCACAGAUUAGAACCUCUAUCAAUGUCUCAGCCUAAAACUAAAGUAGAAGUUAAGUAGAUAUAGUAAUUUUAAAGGAAAACAAAGCACCACCACCCCACCUGCCCUCUAUGAGGCUUGCUUAAUAUCAGAUGUCUUUCCAGUUUAUCUUGUCACCAUUGGACCUUGUAAACGCUAAGGUUUCUUUCAGGUAUCAGUUCUGUUCUCAUAUUCGUUAUCUGUACUGCUUUUAAAUUUUUGUUUUCUUGAGGUAUGUGCAUGCUGGGGAGAAGAGAUGUGUCUGGAUACAAUCAUACAGUCUUCUGUGGCUGAGGCAGUUUCUGUGUGAUAUAUUUGCAGAGUUUGUAUGUAUUUAUAAGUAACCUUUUCAUCCUGGCCUAUUUAUUGCAACAUUUAAUGACGUUUUGUUUAAAUACCAGUCUUAACUGGUUGAGAAUGAGAAAAAGUAUUAGAGUCAGUCACCCUAGGCUUUGGCAAGACAGCCUAUUUAACUUUAUAUGGUAUAUGACUGAUAUCAGAGGAAGUGUAAGCUUUUUGUGAUUGUGUUGAAAUUAUUUCAUAGGAAAUUUAAAAAUAAGACUAUACUAGUUGUAUCUGUAGUUAAUUGUGUUUUUAAUACAAUGAUUUCACUGAAGGUGUGCUUUUUGCUCUUAGAGUGGAAAAGCAAUUACAAAAGGACAAUUAUUCCACUUUAAUGAAAAAAUUGUCUUACAACAGAAUGGCUAUUUGCAUUUUUCAUGGACCUGUUAGUUCUUACCCUAAAUCCCAUUUUGAAAAGGAUUUUCUUUAAGGUUUAUUGCUGGAUAAAUACUUUUUUGAGCCUUUUAAAUGACUUUUCCUUUUUACUUGAAUAAUGGUCUCAGUAUUUUAAGGAUUGGGAAAACUUGAAUUUUUUGUACUGUUAAAUGCAUUUACUCUUCACCUCUUUGAACUUGAAAAUGAAGCAACAGGGUUAUGAGUUCCCAGGUGGUAUAGUGAUUUCUGGGAGUUUCCUCAGCUUUUCAGGUUUGAUUAAAACAUCGGCUUUUGAUGAUGUUGUAGGAAUUUUACUGACUCUGUGUUUUUGUAUCAUAAAAGACUUGUGAAAUAAAUUAUUGACAAACCAGAAUUUAUUGCUAUAUGAAGAGAUUUGGGGAAGUUUAAGGAUGGGGAGAAUCAUCAAAUUAUGGAAAAAUUUUAAAGGCUUCGUAAGUCAUUUGUGCUGACUUUUGUGUACUUUUUCCAUUUCAGGUUAAAGUUUUAUAUUAAGUAUACAUAUUAUUAAUAUAUUUUGCAGACCCAAGGAAUGUUUUAGACAUUUCCUAUGGCUAUAAAUGAUUCAUUUGGCUUUUCUUCAAAAUUUAGGUAAUAAGGGAAUCAUGAUAUGUAAAAUGAACUCUGAACAGAGAAUCUGUGAUUCUGUUACUAAUUGACACAUUUUGUAAGGGCUAGUGGCUUCUCUAAGCACUUAGUUUUUUCUACUUAUAAUAAUCCUUUCAUCCUUCACAGGGUUACUUGGAGGACUGAAUUAGAUAAUGGAUGUAAAAGAACUUUGUAAUAUGUAAAGUGCUUUGCAAAUAAAAAUGAAUACUAUUA